AUGUGGGGUGAAGAUUUUGUCUCCUUCGUAUCUGAGAAAGUGUUGGCUGUUGCUUGCGAUGUUUCUGUUGAGAACUUGGGAGUUAAAGACAUAAAGCUGAGGGAAAAUUUGUGGGAAGAGACAGACAUCAUAGUAAAUGCUGCUGCUACGACCAAGUUUAAUGAGAGAUUGGAUGUUGCAAUAGGGAUUAAUACAAUGGGAGCUCUUAAUGUUCUGAACUUCGCCAAGAACUGUAGUAAAUUACAAAUUCUUCUCCAUAUUUCUACUGGUACACAACUAUGCAUGGAUACUAUACAAUUCGUAUUCGGUUAA